UUGUAUGUGUGUUUCUCUUUGAACCCCAUUCUGUUAGCUGACUCAAGCCCAGCUGAUCCUCUGGGUAGGAGAGAAUUCCAGCUGUCAUAGCAGUUCACAGGCCCUGAGCUUGGGACCCAAGUAGUGAGACUGACAAACGGACAACAGGGCCCCAGGGACAUCUGGAUAAAGGCAGAAAGCGCUAGAGUGACCUAGGAGUCCAAGAAGAGACUCAAGCAGCCCUAAGCCACAAGGGGGAGGGGAAAUCAUAGGCCAAAGAGGUUUCUUUUUUGGUUCUCAGUGGCAUACAGGGUCUUCCAGGCUGGGUUGCAGCAGCUUCACUCAGAUGACCACUCAGGGAAAAGAAAAUGCUAGGUGGGGAAGAGUGAGGAGGUAUGGGUUUCAGAAGGUGGGAAAGGGCCGUGAGUGUCUCCAGGCUGUCUCCUGCCUCCCUGCAGUCCCUGGGGAGCUGAACCAGGACUCCGAGCAGCCAAUGCCUGGCAGCACACUGCGCCUAACUCUUCUGGUGCACCACGCUGCCAUGCACCUGCACUGGUACCUGCAGCCCACAGGCAGCCCCAGUCCCUUCCUUCUGCAGCCAGGGACACAAGUGUCCCUGGACUCUUCUAGCCAGGGCCAGGCCAUCCUCAGCAUCAUCAACAUCUCCCAGGACUGGGCAGGCCAGUACACCUGCUGCUUUGAGGCCCAGGGAUUCAGGUGGAUGCUGCACCAGGAGGUGAGGGUGUCCUUGCAGGAAACAGACGUGGUACGACUUCCAGACCAGCUCUCCAUCGCCUGUGCCACCACCCCUGUCUUCCACCUGAGCUGCUGCAUCCCCAGCACACACCUGGCCUACACGGCUUCCUGGAGCCCCAGGGAGGGUGGCACAGCCUCUUUACUCAAUGCAUCAGGCUCCCAGUGCCUUGUGCUGGCCGUUCAGAGCUGCCCUGCAGCUGACACCACGUACACUUGUGAACUGCAGAGCCUGGAACUGGCCCCUGUCAGGGUCUCUGUCUCUGUCACCAGCAUUCAGGACGGAGACACCAUUUGCCCCAAGGAUUCCUUGGCUGUUACCUGGAAUGUCACCAAGGCUGGCUAUGUGGCUCAGGCCCCGUGUCCCAUGGAUAAGAUUGGAAUGAUGACAAGGUCCUGUGGGCUUGACGGGGUCUGGGGGCCCAUUCGCAGUAGCUGCACAGAUGUGAGGAUCCUGGCCUUGCUGCACAGAGCCAGGCUGCUGCAGGCAGGCCAGGGCCACCCUGCUACGGAGGUGCCACAGCUCCUGGCACAGCUGCCAGGGCAAGUGGCAAGGGUGAGCUCACCCUCAGACCUACUGGCACUGCUGGGCACCAUGACUUUCCUGGCUGAAGUGGUGGCAGAGGCCAGAUUACAGCUUCACCACAGUGCCCUGAAGGAUCUACUGACAGGCACAGAUGAGAUCCUAGACUUGGACACCAGUUCUCUAUGGACCCCAGCUGAGGCCCAGAAGCCAUCGAUGAGCUCAGCUCUCCUGCUGGCUGUGGAGACCCUGGCACACAGCCUGUGCCCACAGGAUCACCCCUUCUCCUUCAUCUCAUCCAAUGUGCAGCUGCAGACCCAGCUCCUUGGACCCACAUUUACUGCUGACUACAGGAUCUCCUUCUCCACCCAGCCUCCACUGCAGGCAGAGAUUCCCAGGCACUCACUGGCCCCACUGGUCCAUAGUGGAGCCAACAUUAGUAUUACUAGCCUGGUGCUGCAGAAACUGGACCACCUUCUGCCCUCAAACUAUGGUCAAGGGUUGAGGAACUCCAUCUAUGCCACUCCUGGUCUGGUCCUCUCCAUCUCUAUCAUGGCAGAUGGCCAGGUCUUCAACCAGGGAGAGGUCAUCAUGGACUUUGGGGACAGAAAUGGCACACCCCACUGUGUUUUCUGGGACCAUGAUCUCUUCCAAGGUGAGGGGGGCUGGUCAGAUGAAGGGUGCCAGGCACAAGCAACUAGGGCCAACUCCACCACUCAGUGUGUCUGUCAGCAUCUCACUGCCUUCUCCAUCCUCAUGUCCCAACAUACUGUUCCAGACAGCCCUACUCUGGAGCUACUGAACCAGCUGGGCUUGGGGGCCUCCAUCCUGGCACUGCUUGUGUGCCUGGGUGUGUACAGGCUGGUGUGGAAAGUCGUGGUAAGGAACAAGGUUGCCUACUUCCGCCAUGUGGCCCUGCUCAAUGUGGUGCUCUGCCUGCUGGCUGCAGACACCUGUUUCCUGGGUGCCUCGCUACUUCCCCCAGGGCCCCACAGUCCACUCUGCCUAGCUGCUGCCUUCCUCUGCCAUUUCCUCUACCUGGCCACCUUUUUCUGGAUGCUGGCUCAGGCCCUGGUGUUAGCCCACCAGCUACUUUUCAUCUUCCAUCAGCUGUCCAAGCACCAGGUACUCCCCCUGAUGGUCGUCCUUGGCUAUCUGUGCCCACUGGGAUUUGCAGGGGGUGCCCUGGGUCUCUACCUACCCCGGGGACAAUACCUGAGGGAGGGAGCAUGCUGGCUGGAUGCAAAGGGAGGCGCACUCUACACCUUUGUGGGGCCAGUGCUGGCCAUUGUGGGCGUGAACGGGCUGGUACUAGCCAUGGCUGUGCUGAAGUUGCUGAGACCGUCACUGUCAGAAGGACCUCAGGUGGAGAAGCGCCAAGCCCUUCUGGGGGUGAUCAAAGCUCUGCUCUUUCUCACACCCGUCUUUGGCCUCACCUGGGGGCUGGGCUUGGCCACUCUGGUAGAAGAAGUCUCAGAAGUCCCCCACUACAUCUUCACCAUUCUCAACACCUCCCAGGGUGUCUUCAUCUUACUGUUUGGUUGCCUCAUGGACAAGAAGGUACAAGAGGCUUUACUCAAACGCUUCUGCCGCACUCUGCCCCCUAGUGCCACUAUCUCCCCGGCCACUAAUGAAUCCUGCUUCUCGGAACAUAGCAAGGGAAGAAGUAAAAAUGCCAGGUGAGAGUUAAGCUUUCUUGGGAGCUGGGGGAGCAGUGUGGAGUAAGGAUGGAUGUAGCAAAGGGCUUCCUGGCAAAGCUAUCGACAGAAGGCUCCUCUCCAGCCCACGGGGUGGAGAACAGGCUUUUCUCAGCAGGCUAGGGAGUCGAGGUCUCAGGGAGCAGAUACUUGAAGAAUCUUCUGCUGCUUUCCCAGAGAGCUGGAGGGAGUUUUACCACUACCAAUCCUUGAUUCAGUUCACUCUGAAACUCCUUUUCACACUGUCAAAUUCUCAGCUGUCCUGGAAAACCUCAGGGAAAUUCUUGACUUGAAGGAAUUGCCAGUGGUGAGUUUGGCGUCCAGAGGGGAGAACAGCCUGCCGAGGUGAGGCAAGGUGACCCAAGAGCUUCAGGGCGAGCUCUUUCACAGGGAAGGCAGAAGCUUCAGAGUGACCGACACAGAGAGCCCAUGUUCCUCCAAGGCAGUUGAGGCCAUGUGCUUGAAUCCACCAUGAUGGGCCCUGGUCCAAUACUCUGAACCCUCCCCCCAACUCAGAGCUCAGCCCUUGGGAAAGGCAGGCAUAU